AUGCGUAAUAACGCCACGGAAAAACUGCUUAGCACGGCUCGUGCGGAAGGUCUCUCCAUUACGGAGAAUGGCUUUGCCGAGUUUAUGGAUCGUACCGAUCCUUUACAUGAGCACCGUGAGGCCUUUCACUUUCCCAAGAGGCGAGAUGGUGGGGAUUACGUGUACGUCAGCGGUAACACUUUAGGACUGCAGCACAAGGACGUAGAAUCAAAUGUCGGUGGGGUGCUGAAGAAGUGGCGUGACCUCGGUGUGAUGGGUAACUAUCAACACCCAAACCCAUGGGAAGAGUUGGAAAGUUUGGGUAGAAAGGAGAUUGCGGCGAUUGUGGGGGCACAAGAGAGUGAGGUGAUCACAAUGAACUCCUUUGGAGUCAACCUGCAUUUGCUUCUUAUGGCAUUUUACAGGCCAAAAGGAAAGCGGCGGCGGAUUGUGACAGGGAACCAUGCUUCCCCCAGUAGCACCUACGCCAUCAUAUCCCAGUUGGAUUCACGGGGGAUGAAUCCAGCGGAGGAUCUCAUUUACGUGAGUGCCGCAAACCAUGAGAGCUGGGAAAGCAGUCCAGUGAAUAUUCCAAUAGAGCAGUUUUUAUCUGUUAUUGAGAAACGUGGGGAUGAGAUUGCGGUUAUUUUGUUGAGUGCCGUUCACUUUUUAACCGGACAAUUUUAUGACCUUCAAGCCAUCACAAAGGCGGCCCAUGAAAAGGGUAUUUUUGUCGGUGUAGAUUGUUCCCACGCUGUGGGGAAUGUCCCACUGAAAUUGCAUGACUGGGAAGUGGAUUUUGCAUGUUGGUGUAAUUACAGAUAUCUUAACAGUGGCCCCAGUAACCUUGGUGGUGCGUUUGUGCACAGCAAGCACACUUCGGUGGAAAAUGAGUUGAAGCCGUUACGUGGUUCGUGGGGCCAUGAUCGCCGGAACCGCGCUAGUCUACAUCAUAACUUUGAGCCCGCAGAAGGAGCGGCGAGUUUUCAAAUUAGCAACGUCUCUGCUGUCGGCAUGAUGGCGAUGCUGCCAAGCAUCCGUCUCAUGGCUGAGGUUGGGAUGGGGCCACUACGUGAGAAGUCCAUGUUGUUGACAUCUUACAUGGAGCUGUUGUUGAGUGAGUUGGUUCCACAAGGGUCAAUUGAGGUCAUUACACCCGUUGACCCCAAUCAACGUGGGGCACAACUGUCACUUCGCAUUCUGCCUAACCGACUGGCCGAUGUGCACUCUUCAAAGGACGCGUAUGAGUGUAACUCCGGUGAGGACAGUGACGCCGAUCGUAUGGAGCGGCAACUCUGCGACAAGGGCGUUAUUGUGAGUCACUGCCCACCAAAUGUCAUUCGUCUCGCCCCUGUGCCGUUGUAUAACUCCUUCAUGGAUGUCUUGUUGACGGUUCGGGCGAUUGCGGAGUGCUUUUAA